UUUUGCAAUGGCGGCGUCUAGUUUUUUUCGAAGAGGAGCACAGCUUUUACACUUUAUUACUAGAGAAUCUCGUGGCUUUGACAGGGUAGCAGAAAAGAUAGAGCUUACAGCUUUCACAAAGGGACACUGUACAUGCCGCAUGGUAGUGGGAGAAGAGCAUACAAAUCGUGGAGGUAAUAUACAUGGAGGGUUUACAGCAACUCUGGUUGAUUUGGUAACCACCAUAGCCAUAAUGAGCACAGGCCCUCAGUUACCAGGGGUCAGUGUGGAUAUGACUGUCAGCUACCUCAGAGCUGCAAGACCUGGAGAUGAGAUCAUAAUAAAUGCUACAUGCAUCAAAGCCGGCAAAUCUUUAGCAUUUUCUAAGGCAGACAUCAAGCUAGCAGAUGGCACAAUACUGGCUCAUGGUCAACAUACAAAGUUUGUGGGCAAAGCACUAGGGCCCUCUACAAAGUUAUCUGAAAUAAAAGCCAGUGAUACAUAAAAUUAACUGAGGUUACUGCACCUGUAUCAGUUCUCUAGUUUUAUGUAUCCUGUGUAUCCAUCCCCCUUCCCCCCACGAAUGAACUUGCACAAAACAAAUUCUGCAAUUUGGCACUACUUGGGCAAAUUCCUUACAGCAGUCAAUAGUAUGCAACAUCUCUGGUGGUAGUGGAGAUAGCUAGACUUUCCCAAAUCCCACCACCCAUUGUCAUUASGCAAGCUCACUCCCCAGCAUUGCAUUACGACACUAAGAACAGCUGCGUGAAAGACUACUGCAGUGUAUUUUUUUUGCAAUUCCAUCGCUUGCUCUCUGAUAUCAGACUUGCUAAGUCUUCUUCGAACUUGUCAUUAGCUUCGGUCCCAGAUCCUCUGACUGAAACAAAUGAUGAAGGAGACUAACUCUCCCUUUGCUUCACUAAAAAACGGGACACUAGAGACAGAGAGAGUUUGGCUUGAGGGAAUCUGCAUUUGUUGUCAUUUUGUAGUAAAGUUUUUUAUUAAAAAAUACAAAUUUUGAAACAAUGCUUGCAGUUUAUGUCUUGGAAUAUGAAGAUGAACUGUAAACAUUGUUUUAAAUUUGUUUUAUUUCAUUUUUGUGCAUGGGUCUUUAAAGAUAUAUAACAAGUGCAGAAUACUUAAAAGUAUGGGGGGAGGGGGUGUGCACAGUUCACGACAAUAGACCUCUUCACCUUCAUUGUUUGUUGUCUCAUUACAGACCAUGUGAUGUCACUCUUGGGAGUUGAUUCUUUCAAGUGUAAAUAUUCUAAAAUGUUUGUCAUAAGAGAACGAUUCUCAGGGGAAUGUCGCUGAUCUGAGAUAGGCAAUUUGCAAAUGAAGGUAUCCAACGACAGACUACAAUGUAUUGGAUAUAGAAAAGAUUGACACAACAACAUUUUGGUCAGAGAAACUGCAACUGGAAUAUAAAUCAAUUAUGAUUUGUUUUUUAAUUAUUGAAGAGCAUAAAAAAACUAAAAAUACCUUUAUCAACAAUGUUUUGCAUUAAAGUGAAAGUAAUGUGGUAAUAAUGUUAUCAAAGGAUUUCAUGAAUGACAAAAGAUCACUAAGACCCUGUCCACACUAAGCAUCUAGAGUUAGUCUACACUGGGACCAUAGAUAGUACGAGGUACUGCAGAGGAGAGAGGUGGUUUUUGACAAAUCCUUGCAUUUGACAUUACCUAGCUAAGUUAAUCUUAAUAAUAUCUCAGCAUCCUCUGGAAGGGAUAAGAUCAGCCUUCAGAGUAAGAGUGAUCACACCUGCUAACACUAAGCUGGUGGACAGGGUCAAGUGAAGAAUAAAAUAUUUAUUGAAAUUUAGAUCAAAUUCUGUAAAGUAUUCCAUUAAGGUAAACAUAACUUAUAAAUAAGAUGCUGUAGACUAAACAGAUCCAGAACGAUUUCAAGGGGGGUGCAGUUAACUAAGAAGGCUUUAUUCAGUGUCCUUUUUAGGUUUGACAUAAUCCUUUAUUCUUAUUAUUUUUCAACUCCAAAGGAGAGUAAUCCACCUGCUGGAUUUAAUGUUAAAAUCAAUUAGACUGAGUCCUAGUUGAAUUGAUAACAAUAUUCUGACUUGCUUUUCUCAUUGCAAAGAAACGUUUUAGAAAAAAAGUAUAGAAAAUGCAACAGUUUUUUUAUGGCAGUGUGAAUAUGAUAUUAAGUCUUCUGUAAAAAUACAUAAUAUAGUAUUAAUUCUUAUUGUGAUGUUUUAUGUACUUUCUAUACAUUUUCAACAAGCACUUCAAACCCCUGCCCGUGUUUCAUUAGCUUGACAUGAUUCCUCAACUAUUCCUUUUUUUAAUUUUUUAUAUCCCUAGAUGGUAAGUUUGGAAGGUUUAGCAGACAAUAUACUUUGUAAAUGAGUAUAUUAAUCAGCAAUCAGUUUAAGUAUGGAAUUAGAAAUAGCGACUUUAUUAAAUUCUAGUAUACAAAGUUGAAUAAAUGCUAUCACUAUGGUCUCUACAACAAGACCCAAGGUAAAGUACUCCACAAAGAAGGCUUGACAGUUUAAGUUAUUCAUGUUUUGCAGUCAACAAAUAGAUCACCAUAAUAAAAUAAAAUUUUGAAUUGGA